UUCAGAUACAUGAGGCUAUGAGAUACACAGAAAACCUCGUCCUGAGUUGGAUUCUUUUUUGUUUCCUGAGUAUUUUUAACAAAUACAUGUUUGUUCUGGCCAAAGAUUACACACAUAUCGACAAUCCUUCACCUAGACGUGGAUAUGUCUCCAGAUAUUGGUCAGAAUGGAUGCCAUGGUCAAUGUGCAGUCGAACGUGUGGUGGAGGCGUUAGAAUGAGAACUCGAAUCUGCAGAAUAAGGGUUAACGGACAUGUAGCAUCUCCUAACCGAUGUUUAGGAGAGACAACAGAAUACGAAGUUUGCUCAAGGCAAACUUGCUCCCCUUUCGAAGAAGAUUUUUUAGAGUACCAAUGCUCUCGGAAGAAUGGGCAAGUCAUCAUGGGAAAGAAGAUAGAGGACUGGAUUCCGUAUCCUUACGGUAAAAAUCCAUGCGAGUUGCAGUGUUCGGACAGAGAAAGGACUCUGUUGUACAGUUUCGGUAAAGCAAUGGAUGGUACGAAAUGCCCUGCCCAAGUUCCUGGGCAGCCAGCUCUCUGCGUCAACGGUAGGUGUAUGCCUGUGGACUGUGCAGGUUACAUAGGCUCAGAUAAUCGCCUUGACAGCUGCGGAGUAUGUAGAGGUGAUAAUUCUACCUGCGUAAAGCACAGAAGUACAUUCUGGGGACGACCAAGAGUCGGAGAUUCUGGUGACCAAGAUCAUCAUUAUGAUUACAACGAAAUAGUUGCUAUUCCAGAGGGAGCGACACGCAUACUCGUGACAGAAAAAAGUGAAACGAAUUUUUUGGUUUUAGUUGAUCAUAAAGGCAGUUACCAAAUCAAUGGUAAUUGGAGGAUCCAAUCACCAGGGCGCUUCAUCAUACAUGGAUCUGAAUUCUUAUAUAACAGGACGUGGGAUGGGUAUGAAUCAUUGUCAUCUACAGGACCUAUUAGAUUCAAUAUAUUUAUAUGUGUUUUAGGAUCUGGUGAUAUUCCUACAGUUAAUUACGAAUACUGGAUUUCUAAAUCCAGGCAUUCCACUACAUCGUCUUCAUUUCUUUCAUUAGAUUCCAUCAAAACAUCUGAAAUUUUCAAUAAAGAUAUUUUGAAUUUAGAAGAAUCUAACCAUCCAUUCAACAACAUUAUUCAUCAAAACAUUCCAACUGAUAGAAAAUCCCUACCUGUUGUUACCAGAUCUCAUGGCUACAGAUCAUAUUAUCACAGAAAUGAAGUACUGAAAUCCGUUCCUUCUUGGAGUAAAAGAAGGCACGAUAAUUAUAAACAUAAUAUAUAUUCUCCAGUGACUGAUAAUUUUAUUUCUAGUGUGAAAACGAGUACUCAAAUUGCCCAUAAAUUGGGUCACCUUGAAACGCCAUCAGAGAAAUAUGACACUAAUAAACAAUACUUUAAUUCCCGAGCUAAUUUCAGUGUAACUCCCAUUCUUACUUUCGAAGUUAGACCAACACCAAUACCAGUUAAAACAGUAAAAAAGCAAGAAAAUUUACAUAACUUAUUAGAUGAAUACGGAAGACCUAAAUCUACAUUAACCCAAUCAAGGAGAGGUCAUAUGGAUGUAGAUUAUUCUAUAAAAGGGAUAGAAGCAAAAUCAUUGCCAUCAGGAAGAAGUCAAACUAUGAAACAAAAACUUAGUUCUAAAGAAACAAGUUCUACCUUCGUGAAUUCAAAUAUAAAUAGCCAAACGAAGCCUCGUGCCAAAAAAAGAAGAAAAUCUGGGAAAGAUGAAUGCUCACCUUGUUCAAAACCACGACAUCAAACAAGAAAUUUCUGUACAAGUGACUUUGUUCUUCGAGCAGUCAUCCGAUCUUCUGAAAAACAGCAAAACAGUAUCCGUUAUGAGUUGGAAGUAAUACAGUCAUACAAGAACAAAGUUCCCAUUUUGUUCCGGGAGUAUGUUUGGUCUUCAGAUCUUUGUCGCUGUCCUAAGCUUCGAACAGAGAGGGAAUAUAUUUUGAUGGGACAUUCAAGUGGAGGCAAAAGAGAAACAAAACUUGUAUUAAGCAAAAAUUCUUUUGUCAAAAGAUACACUCAGAAAAGAGCCAGAACUAUGCUUAAAUUAGUCAGAGAUCAGAAGUCUGUAUGUCAAAAAUUUGGUUUAUAAAUUAUCUCAAGUGGA